AUGUCUGUCGACUUUAACACCCUAGCACAACAGUUCACCGAGUUCUACUACAACCAGUUCGAUACCGACAGAACGCAAUUGGGUAACCUGUACCGCGAACAGUCAAUGUUGACAUUCGAGACCACACAAUUGCAGGGUGCCAAGGACAUUGUUGAGAAGCUUGUGUCGCUUCCUUUCCAAAAGGUGGGCCACAGAAUUAGCACUCUAGAUGCACAGCCUGCGUCGCCAAAUGGAGACGUGCUGGUGAUGAUCACAGGCGAUCUUCUGAUCGAUGAGGAACAGAACGCACAGAGAUUCUCGCAAGUCUUCCACCUGAUGCCUGAGGGCAACUCUUACUACGUGUUCAACGACAUUUUCCGUCUAAACUACGCGGCCUAA